GGAACCUCCCUAAAGCUAAUAAGCCUGUAAUUCUAUGAUUGACGGGUAUGAUCAAUGGGGGGAGAUUGUGAAGGCCUCAGAGUUGUUUGAUAAAAUGCCGCUUUGGAAGUAUAUGGCUUACGGGUUGUAGAUGAUUAAUGGAUAUGCUGAAGAAGGUAAUUUGGCAGAGAUGUUGUUUUUGUUUUGACGAACAAGAUGCUUGCUUUUGGCUGAUGAGGUAGAACCCAACUCUGCAUUCUACCGUGGUUUGUCUUCUCUCUGCUUGCUCAUUAAUCCAUCCAACUUUUAAGUUAGAAGUUGCAUUUCAGUCUGAAUUCCUGGUUCUCUUUGAAGGCAGUGUUGUUUAAAAUAUUUUGAUGAAAGUUCAUGUAAGAAUCUGGCAGCAUGGAAUGACAUCAAGCUUGAAUAUGUGCAAAAUAGUAUCUAGAGGAGGAUUGAGGAGGUCAUAUGCUUUUUAUGCUGGUAUGGAAGCAAAGCUAAUGGAACAAGAUGAGAUCCCAAUGAUCAAUAUGUUGUUUGCUUGUGCUGGUCUGUGUGCAUUAGAAAUUUGGCAGGAUAUGUUCUUCUCUACUUGGGUCAAAAUGGUUCAGAAAUCAGCUUGGCUGUGAUGUUGCCCUGUUGAUAUGUAUUUAUUUUAUUGGAGAAUAGGCAAUGCUUGCUUAGUUUUUGUCCAGACAAGACAAAAAGGUGUUGCCUUGCGGAAGACAUUCUUUAGCCGUUUAUUAGAAAUGGAGAAGACUGGCAUUGGACCCAAUGAUCUCAUGUUAAAUUGAAAUCCUAUCAUUAUGCAAUCAUUGUAGACUGGUUGAGAGAUCUGUAGUCCAGUUUCUGAAUUUGGUCAAUAAAUAUUAGUAACUCAC